ACUAUAUGUAUUUUGGCGGCAAAAUAAUCUUUGUCACAAAAUAAUAAUGUUUUGUUGUCAGUCGUGUUCAUAUUUUCCGUAUUGGAUUUCUUCUUUUUACACAGUAGACAAUCGUCGGUCGAAGCGUUUCGUUAUAGUUAAAAAACUACACCAGUGAUCUAAAAUAGUACAAUGAAUGUAUCUAUCUAGUUAAUAAGCAGUCGUAGUGGAAGUUUUGCCGUUUUGAGUCUUUCCUGUUUCUUAUUAAAAAUCCGUUCUCAAAACGUAAGUACCUACAAUUUUAAUUUACUUUUAUUUACCAGACGUUGUUCUCACUGCCGUCUAUUUGACCGUAUUAUAUUAAAUUCACAUACAAAUUACAUUAUUUCAUAUGUUUUCGAUAGUUUUGUUGAAUUUAAAUCACGUUUACUUAAUAGACUCUAAGUGUUUGUAAUAAAAAAUAAUAAUUAUGUAGAUAACGCAAUAAAAUAAUAAUUUUUAAGGUACCUUUUAAUUUUAAAAACAAAAUUAUUUAUCUUCAAAUUUUUGUUAUAAUAAUAAUGAUGGGUAAGGUAUUCCUUAAAUAUUUCAAUAUACAAACACUAGGUACCUACUAAAAUUAUAUACUUGGCCAAUAUGACUGCUAUAGUAAGUUGUUUGUUUUUUUAGAUAACUAAGAUAACGUCUUCUCCAACGCUUUCAUCUGAACUUGACAAUAUUUAAAUCUUCAUAUACUCUAUUAAACUAAUAUAUAAUCUCAGAACUACUUUUCUUAUUAAUGCCCAUAUAAAAACCUCUCUCGACACUGUUAUAAGCAUAGACACCGACUGCAUGGGUGCUCGAAUGCCGCAGCUCCCAUUGAAAAGAUUGAGUUUCCCAAACUGUUUUUACAGAAUAAUAUAAUUGAGAUUCAAGAACAUUGUUAAUAAUGAAAUUGUAAUGAGUAAAGUUAGACAAAAUACAUAUUCUUUAAAUUAAUGUGAUAUUAUUUAAGUUAAAUAAAAAGUAAAUUAAUAUUUUUAAUUCAUUUUGUGUUAUAUUAUAGGUAAUACUUAUUUUAUCAUAUUUUACAUAUUUGAAACAGUUUAAACUAAGACUCCUAAGUGACAAAAAAUCUGAGGGGGAACUGUUAUCAAUAAAACAUUCUGAGUGUUCCCCUGAAUUGUUUAUUGCAAAAAAAAUUCAAGAAGAGACAGUUAAAAUUUGGACAUAAGUACCCCUUCCUGUGUCUCUCUACCCUUUAAUUACAUAUUUAAAUUAUUUUGAAUGGCAAAAGUUAAGGCUAAAAAGUAGUAAGUUCGGCCCCCCUUGACAUUUUCAAAACCUGGCGCCUACGGUUAUAAGCCUUCUCUAAAUCUGUUUCACACAAAACACCGGUUUCAUUUUCAAUAAUACCCAGUAUAAAACCAAACUGGUACUAAGAUUUCAUAGAUAUCUAUGUAAAUUUUAAUUAUUUCUAAUAAAAUUUUUAGAAGAUCCUACCUACUAUAUUAAUUAACAAAGUUUGUGGAAAAUGGAAUGUUUUAAUCGAAUGCAAAAUUUUUAACUAUGGUGUGACUGACAUCAGAUUAAUUAUACUAUAUGUUUAUAAUAAUGUAUGUCCUUUAUUUUUGGUUGUUUAUUUUAUAUUUAUUACAGUAAAACCUCGAUUAUCCACCACUCUCUCAUCUGUUAACUUCUGUUAUGCAUCACCCAUCAUUAUAUUUAUGUAUACAUAAAUAGUAAUGUUACCAAAAAAAUUAAAAAACUAAUCUAUGAAAGAAGUAUAAUUAGUUUAGGUAAAUGAACAAAAAUUACUUAUUUUUCUAAAUAUACUAAUUUGUUUGAUAUAAAAAUUGUUGUAUAACAACUAUAAUUUAUAAAUAUAAAAAUAUAUUUUUUCUUUUAUCUGUCUAAUUUGAUUAUCCGUCACCUUGGUCUUGUUGCUGACAGAUAAUCAAGGUUUUACUGUAUUCAUAUUCCACAUUUUUAAUUAGGCUUAUUUGCCUUAUUUUUAUUUUUAUUUUUCAAUAGUUAUUCCAUAAAUAUAGUUAAAAGUAUGUACCUACUUUCCUAAUUAUAUUAAUGUUCAGCGAUCUUUACUUAAUGAUCAUAUUUAAAUUAAGUACAUUUUUUUUAUUUGUGUCUUAAUAUUAUUUUAUAAAGAAGUAGUAUUAUCCAAAAGUAAAAUACAUUAAUGUACAGUUGACGUAGAUUUUCAUAUUUAUAUGCAAUACUGAAACCAAUUGGGCUUUAACUAGACAUAUAAGAAAUUCUGUGAGGCUGCUUAAUUCUAUUAUACAUAUAAUGAGACUUAUCUUUUGUUAUUCUAUUUAUUUUUACAGUUUUCAAAAUGAUGAUGGGAGAUGAAAUUGAACAGAGAUUACGGGAUAUCCAAAAAGAAUAUUUGAGUUUUUUGGAUGAUGAAGAAGAUCAAAAUGUAUACCACAAAAAGGUGAAAAAUAUGAUUGACGAAAAUAACCAAAGAUUAUUAAUUGACAUCAAUGAUUUGCGUAAAAAGAAUCCUAAUAGAACUCAAGCAUUAUUAACGAGUACUUUUGAAGAACAAUUUGCUUUGGAGCGUGCUCUUAAAGAAUACAUCGCAAAUAUUGAUUCUACUUUUGCUAACAACUAUGAUGAAUUUUUUGUUGCAUUUGAAGGUAGUUUUGGCAGUCGUCAUGUCACACCUAGAACAUUAAGCAGUAAGUUUUUAGGUAACCUUGUUUGUUUAGAAGGUGUUGUUACAAAAUGUUCUUUGGUUCGUCCAAAAAUGGUAAGAAGUGUACAUUUUUGUCCGGUUACUAAAAAGACAAUAGAUAGACGUUAUACAGAUAUGACAUCAACAUCGGCAUUUCCAUCUAAUUCUACAUAUCCAACACAAGAUGACGAAGGUAAUCCUUUGGAAACUGAAUAUGGUCUUUCUGUAUAUAAAGAUCAUCAGUCUCUUACAAUUCAAGAAAUGCCUGAAAAAGCACCUGCCGGACAGUUACCUCGUUAUGUUGAUGUUAUAUGUGACAAUGAUUUAGUUGAUUGUUGUAAGCCAGGGGACCGUGUCCAAAUAGUCGGAAGUUAUCGUUGUCUUCCUGCUAAACAAGGAAAUUAUACAUCUGGUAAUUUCAGAACUAUUCUUAUCGCAAACAAUGUAUCACUGUUAAGUAAAAAUGUCACAUACUCUGUUAGUAGAGAAGAUGUUUUGAAAUGUAGAAAAUUAUCAAGAAAGGAAGGGGAUGUAUUUAAUUUACUGGCUCGAUCAUUGGCACCUUCUAUUCAUGGUCAUAUUUACAUUAAAAAAGCCAUUCUCUGUCUUUUGUUAGGUGGACUCGAAAAAGUAUUACCCAAUGAAACACGUCUUCGAGGAGAUAUUAAUCUUUUAUUAAUUGGUGAUCCGAGUGUUGCUAAAUCACAAUUACUAAGAUAUGUAUUGUGUACUGCUCCAAGAGCAGUAGCUACUACUGGUAGAGGGAGUUCAGGAGUAGGUUUAACUGCUGCUGUCACUACAGAUCAAGAAACCGGUGAUCGAUGGUUAGAAGCAGGAGCUAUGGUGCUUGCUGAUAGAGGUGUUGUAUGUAUUGAUGAAUUUGAUAAAAUGUCAGACAUGGAUCGAACAGCUAUACAUGAAGUUAUGGAACAAGGCAGAGUUUCUAUUUCAAAAGCUGGAAUACACGCAAGGCUUAACGCUAGGUGUUCUGUUUUAGCAGCUGCUAACCCUGUUUAUGGUAGAUAUGAUCAGUAUAAAACUCCAAUGGAGAAUAUAGGUUUGCAAGAUUCAUUAUUGUCUCGGUUCGAUUUGUUGUUUGUCAUGUUGGAUACACCUGAUAGUGAAAAUGAUCGUUUGAUAUCUGAACACGUUGUACGAAUUCAUAGGUAUAGAGAUCCAAAAGAACAAGACGGUGAAGCAUUACCAAUGGGUUCAGGUGUGGAUAUAUUGAGCACUAGAAAUUUGGAAAUCGAUGAAAAUGACCCAUCUAAAACACGUAUGUUUGAAAAAUAUGAACCGUUACUUCACGGACCUCGAAAUAAAUCUGAGCACACAUUGAGUAGUCAAUUUAUGAAAAAAUACAUACAUAUUGCUAAGUGUGUUAAACCUGUGUUGACUGAAGAAGCAUCAAAUGUAAUAUCUGAGGAAUAUUCCAGAGUCCGUUCUCAAGAAGCUGUUGAGUCAAACACUGCUAGGACUCAGCCUGUAACUGUGAGAACUUUGGAAACGUUAAUUCGUCUUUCUACUGCUCAUGCCAAAGCUCGUUUAUCCAAAAAUGUUGAACAACAAGAUGCUCAAGCGGCCAUUGAACUUGUUCAGUUUGCUUACUUUAAAAAAGUGUUGGAGAAACCUAAAAGAAAACGUGCACAUAAUGAUGAAGAAACUGAAGAUGAACAAGAUAUCUCACCUAAAAAACCUCCUAAAAGAAAAUCAAAAAAAGACGGAGAUGACCCAUAUACAUUUGAAGAUUCAGAGGUUUUGGAUGAUACUGAACAAGAAGUUAUGGAAGUGGAAACUGAUAAUUCAAAUGUAACAAGUGGUCCACCCCCAGUAGCACAAACAUCAAUAACAUCUGACAGGUUCAAACUAUUUAAGUCGACUCUAAGUACGGUUUUUCGAAAACAGAGAUUACAGUCAUUGGAUUUUACUCGAAUGCUUACCAUGAUCAACGAAGAUCAUGUUACAAAUCCUUUCACUGAAAAUGAAGCAUAUGCAGCCAUUUACAAGAUGAUGGACGAUAAUUCUAUUAUGUUUUCCGACGGAAUUGUAUUUUUAAUUUAAUUUAAGUUAAUUUGUUUUAAAAAUGAGUAUUUAGUAUUAAGUUUAUAUUUAUAAGAUGGAAAAUUUAAAAAGAGAAAAAAUAAGUUAACAUUUAAUUUUUUAUAUUGAAAUUUUUUCAAAUUUGUGAAGAAAAUUAAUUUUCAUAAUAACGAAAAAAAGUGUUUAUUUGUCUACAAUUAUUUUUGAUGAAUUUUAAUGUAAUAUUUAUUAGUUCAUUGAUGACAAUCAUGAUAUAUUACGAUAUUAUGUAUUGUAUAUCUAAUUAAAAUAAAAGUUAAUUUGGAAAUAUUUUAUAU